AGUAACUACAUUUAUUGGAUCAUAUAAUCGAUGCAUCUCUUGAUACGUCACAGCUCAAUAACCUUUUCGAAACAAAGCUACUGUUAAAAAUGAUUCAGAUUACAAAAGGUGUAAUUAAACAGGCCAGUAACACUGUUAAACUUAGUUUCAUCACAUCCAAAAGGAGGCCCUGUGUUUUCUGAGUGACAGCACGUGUUGCUGGUACGCAUACAUUUUUAUAUACGUUUUAAAUGAACUCCUUCACUCCUCACUGGAAAGUUACUUUGAAGAUCCAUUUGUCCUCCAUAGCCAUCAUUUGCCCCCCUCUUCCCACGAAAAGAAACUUUGAAGUAACAACCCUGAAAUCACAUCCUCCUGGCGCCCGCCCACUAUUUGAUUGACAGUGGAUAUUAGCCAAUAACAAGUGACUAUGAAUUAACAGGAAGCAAACCGUCCACUUUCAUUGGCUGCUACAAGCGGUCAGUCAGUGACGUACUACAUCCAACCAACCAAUGAGUAGAUAGCGUUUUGUAGAGGAUGAGCAACAGGCUCCUGCUGAGUGUAGCACAACGGCCAUCAGAUCACCGUUUAUGGUUACACUCCAUUAUUAUUGAGAAGUCUUUAUGGACUAGUUUAGCCUCUUAUUGUUAAACAGGGAUUGGGUAGCAAAAAAAUAAUAACAUACAACAAGUUUUUUGUGUUAUAGAGUAGCCUGAUUUGUUCGAGUCCGUGGCAUGGAUGAGGUGGGGCCUAACAGUGGUGCUCAAGCCCACGGGCUGGUGGCCGUGUUUCCUCCAGGACUACAGGCUAUCUAUGGGGAAUGUCGGCGGCUUUAUCCCGAGCAGGCCAACCCGCUUCAAGUCACGGCCAUUGUAAAAUACUGGUUGGGAGGGCCCGACCCGUUAGACUACAUCAGUAUGUACAGGAACAUGGGCUGUCCAGCUCAGGAUGUCCAGGAGCACUGGCACUACGUUAGCUUUGGAUUGAGUGACCUGUAUGGGGAUAAUCGAGUUCAUGAAUUUACAGGGGCAGACGGACCUAGUGGGUUUGGCUUUGAGCUCACAUUCAGACUCAAAAGAGAGGUGGGGGAGACGGCACCUCCAACAUGGCCAGCUGAACUCAUGCAGGGCUUGGCUCGCUAUGUGUUCCAGUCCGAAAACACAUUUUGUAGCGGGGACCACGUGUCAUGGCACAGUCCACUGGACAACAGUGAAUCUCGUAUCCAGCACAUGUUGCUAACAGAAGACCCGCAGAUGCUACCGGUUCAAACUCCGUUCGGCACACUGAGCUUUCUCCAGAUUGUGGGUGUAUGUACAGAGGAGCUGCAGGCGGCCCAACAGUGGAACGGCCAAGGAAUCCUGGAGCUGAUGCGCGGAAUCCGAGUAGCUGGAGGCCCCUGGCUGAUCACAGACAUGAGGAGAGGGGAGACCAUCUUUGACAUCGAUCCUCACCUACAAGACAGAGUGGACCAAGGCAUUGAGACAGAGGGCUCUAACCUGAGCGGGGUCAGCGCCAAGUGUGUGUGGGAUGAUCUGAGUCGACCGCCAGAGGACGAGGAGGACAGUCGUUCCAUUUGCAUAGGAUCGCAGCCACGCAGGCUCUCAGACAAAGACACGGAGCAGAUAAGGGAGACCCUGAGGAAAGGACUGGAGUUUAACAGCAAGGCAGCGCUACCACCUAUCAGCAGCCAGAGACAGGGGCACGAGAGGCCUCAAAGCCGGAAGGACAGUUUGGAGAGCGAGAGCUCGGCCGCCAUUGUUCCUCACGAGCUUGUUCGAACGCGGCAGCUGGAAAGCGUCCAUCUGAAAUUCAACCAAGAGUCAGGCACGCUGCUGCCCCUCUGCCUGCGGGGCCGACUGCUUCAUGGGAGACACUUCACUUAUAAAAGUAUCAACGGAGACACAGCCAUUACAUUUGUGUCCACGGGAGUUGAAGGAGCGUUUGCUACUGAAGAGCACCCGUACGCAGCCCACGGCCCCUGGCUUCAGAUAUUAUUGACUGAAGAGUUUGUGGAGCAAAUGCUUGGGGAUUUACAGGAACUGAACACUCGUGAGGAGACAAAGUUACCAAAGGAGUACAGUUGGCCAGAAAAGAAGCUGAAGAUCUCCGUGUUACCAGACUCUGUGUUUGACAAUCCCCUGCAAUGAGACGAAGAAAUGGUUACAUGCCAAAUAAAAACACCCGCAGACACACACUUCCAGAGUGGGCCAUCGAGUACAGGAGUCGUCUGAGGACCAACAGUGACCCUGAGCUGUCAGGACAUACAGAGACGUCGUUCCCACAGUAGCAGGGCAGAGACUGUUUCACUCCUGAAAACGAUCCGAGGACUGAUCUAAACAUUUCUGUUACUGGAUUCUCAGUGUAGCCGCGCUGUUUACAACAUCUCUCUGAGGCUCGAAUGCUUUUGAAAAAUAUCAAACCAGCCUGUCCAGAUGGUUGAAGUGUUACAACAAGCCUGUAGUGCAAACAGGAUGCUCUCAUUCCUCCAAAAUAUUUCCUCACCAGACACAGUCGAGCAUGAAUCCUGAGAUCACCUGACACAGCGUCUCGAGCAAUAACUGGGUUGCAGUUCUCAAAAACACUUCUAUUUAUUCCAGUGGCCUUAGAAAGGGAAGAGAAAUCACGAAUUGUACCUUUUCUUGUCAGUGUUUUCAGUUACACUAAUAUGUAUAGUAUUUACAAAUGCUGGACAUUUUCUUUCUUAUGUGUUUGUGUCACACCAAAGUUUUAACUGUUGCUGCCAGUAGUGUCUGUGUCUCAGAUGUUUCUUGAUUCAGUAACACUAACCUGAAAUGCUGUGAGCUAGAUUAACUAUCAUUCACCGACACUCCUUGGGUAUCUGGCAAAUGCUGCAUGUAUAUUUGACCUCCACUCCCCUGUGCCAGGAACCCACAUAUUGAGUAAUAUUUUUUUAUUUUUUUAUUUUUUUUUGGUUUACGCAACACGACGCGUGUUUUAUUGGUUGUUAAAUGGAAGACAUAAAGACCGUUGAACAUGUUCAAGGACUGGGAAGCACCACAUUCAGUGUGCUCUCACGUCGUCUCUCCAGUGAUGCGGAAAUACAAAAAUGUGUUAUUCUUCUCAUCAGUGGGAGCUGCUUGAAAAUGAGUUGGAGUUUAAUUCCUCAGUGCCUUGAGCUAAAAAGGACCACAUAUUUUCCGUUGACUCUCGGCGCUGCCCACAGCUCCCGGACUGUUAAGAGACGUCGCUUUGAAUCAACGCUGCUGCGUUCACUGCCUUUUGCUGAUGCUGACGUUGCAUUCCACUACAAAACAAGAGACAAGACUACUUUUACUACAGCGUCUUCUUACAGAAAAGUACUCGUAUAUGACAUGUGAUGGCAUAUCUUAUUUUUGUUUGUCCUUUUUAUUCCGAAUGACAAACGUAAAGUUUAGAUAUUGAUGACUUUUUUUGUAAUUUACUAUCUUAUUGACUGAACUGGCUGAUUGUAAUCCCAAGUGCAUUAAAGAAUGUAGGUAUUUACACAAAUAAAGCUGGAUAACUGA